ACGGUCUCUUAGAUUAUUCGAAUUUCUUGUUGAAUUCCAUUCACAAUCAAAUAAUGAUUUCUUCGUAUAAGUUAUUAAUUUUUAUCAUAUCUUGCAUUUGUGUUUUAAAUGGAGCAUUAUGCUUCAUUCCUCCAUGGUUACUUAAGGAAUGUUCACAUUUACCUGAGCCUGAAAAUCCGGAGAUCGAGUGUAAAUAUGGCUACGAAAAGAAUGCCUGUGAUAAAUAUUAUUGCCUGAAAGGCCCCAAUGAAUCAUGCACAGAAGAGGCUCGUAUUAAAGAGCAUUGUGGUGCCCAUUUACGUUGUGUAUGUGGUAUUUGUGAUGGAUGUCGCGAUGGAAAGUGUGGAAAACCAAUGUGCCCAAGAAAAUCGGCGGGAAAACGAGUGUCAUCAAAACCCGUAUGGUUUCCAGAUAUUUAUCAACCACAGCAACAAGACGAAAAUCGCCGAUUACCACAACGACAACAGUCGAUGCCACCGAGUUUUUACAAUUUCAAGAAUUCCGUUGACCGUCUUCAAUACUAUCCAUUUAAUAAUAAUUAUGAAUACUUAAACAAUGAUGAUUAGAAAAAUGCAAACAAAAAGAAAAAUCUGUGUUGAAAAAGUGAUGUCAUUACUUACGUACAUUUUCUAUCUCAAAUAAAUAUAUUUAAUAGCCAAAUAAUUAAUCAAAUUAAAAAUAAACAGACCAAAAAUCAUUUAGAUAAAAAAAAAGAAGUUCAUAGAUUCAACAAGAGAGUGAUUUACCUUUGUUUACCAAUUGCUUUAAUACUCUAUCAAAUACAGUUUUUCAUGUUGUGUUUCAAGUCAAGCGAAUCAUAUGAUUCAGAAAAAGAA